AUGAAUUUUUUAAAAAACGUAGAGUAUGGUAUUCAAAUUCAAGAAACUUCUACAUAUCCUUUGAAUAAUAAUAUUUUAUACUGGAAACACAUAAAUCAAAAAACUAAACGUAGUUUUAGUUAUGUUAUUAUAAAAGAAGAAACAACUUGGAGACAGGCUGCUAGCAAACAAACAAUUUGCUGUAAAAUUAAUUAUAUUGACGAAAUACCUCAGUUUCAUAUUAGAUAUAGUUCAAACUUUCAGUAUAUUAUUUCUUCAACUAAAUCUUCGUCUAAUGCAGCAUUAAUUUAUGAAAGAACUUUAAAACUAAGAACCAAAACUACACUUUUGGGUUCUCUUGUAUUUGGAUUACAAUUAGAAAGUAUGCAGAAAGCAUGUGAAUCGAAAAGAAGAGGAAAUUUAAUCAAACUAGCUAAUAAUUUUAAAUUAAAAGCAAUUGAAUUUUCUGUUAAUAAAACAGACUUUCAAGUAAAUUUCGGAUAUAAAGAUCAAAUAAAAAAAAAUUCUCAAAUUCAAUCUAUAGUAAAAGCAGUUGAUCAAAAGCAAAUAUCAAGAGAUUUUUAUCAAGAAUUAGCUGCUGUAGAACACCAUUUACCAUGUGAAAAUUCUGUUUCUAAUGAACAAAUUGCAAUCACUAACUAUAUAAAUAAUAUAAUCAAAAUUUCAUUAGUUGAUAUAAAAGAAAAGAAUGAAUUAGAAGACAUUAUAAAAUCUGAAGAAUCAGAUAUUAUGAAUUUUGAAAUAGUAUAA